AUGAUCAGCGACAUAAAUGACUGCAAGGAGUUGUGGAAGAAUGAUGUCAAGAUUCAUCUCAAAUGGAAGGUCACGGCGGCCUCGAAGGAGCAUUUCGAUAUGGUUGUCUAUGACAAACAGGGCCAUGACAUAGAUAUAGUUGUUGCAAAUAUCUUCAAGAAAAAUUUUAAUUCAAUUUUGUCAGAGUUAACGAGACUUGCACGAUGUGGUACAACUGUAGGAGAUAUUGGCAAGCACGAAAUUGACAAUAAGCCUAGAAGCUUAACCCCUUUGGCUGAUGUAAUAUCUUGGAAAUGGAAAAGGAAUUAUCUUUUUGAUGUUAUUGGUGUCGUUGACGAGGUAUGCUACACACAAUCACACACAGGAGGGAAAAAACCUCAAGUUAACUUGGAGUUGUGCGAUUUGGGUGACAACACUUUAAAUUGCACAUUAUGGGAAGCGUUUAAGAUUUUCUUUGAAGUUGUUCAUAAAGGGAACACUGCAAAAUUUGUUUUCUGGGAUCGGGAGGAUGGAAUAAUAGACCCACUUGAGUUUCCACUUUCCCUUGAUGCAAUGUUUGGCCAAAAGUUUGCGUUUAAGGUAAAGUGGGACCCAAAAUGGAAAAUAUCCUCCUUCGUACAGUUUAUUAAGGAUAAUCAGCUCAUCACUAUGCUUGAAGUACCUAGAGUCAUAAAUCAGGAAGGUGAAAUUACAUUUCCCCACGUUCCUGAUCCUGCUACCUCUAAAGCUAAUGUGAAGAGGAUGUCUCUAGACCGUCCUAUCGAUUCUUCUGUUCACCAUAACAGCGAAUGGGAUCUAUCUUCAACUAAAGUCAAGAAAAUUACCAAACGGGGAAAGAAAUCCACCGUAUGA